CAGGGUCAGUAGCAUACAUGACUAGCACAACGUGGAGCGUCUGCUGUUAUUUCUUCUGCUAUAGCUUUGAUAAAGUACCCAUUUCGUGUACCUUAUGUAUUAUAUGAAAAUAUGACAAUAUUGUAAAAGUGAAGUUUGUAAUCUCAUCUGGAGGAGUAUUUCAGUUAUUCGGUUCUUCAAAUACAUAACAUGGCACCACAAAAAGGAAAACAAGCAACGAAAGGCCAGAAACAAAUUGUCGAAGAAAAUGCAGCAACUUUAAAUUUUUAUCGAAAUAUGGUUUUUGUUGCAAAUGGAAUAUAUCUGACAGUAACAUGUGUUACUUCAGAUACAUUUAAUAUACAAAUGAUUAUAUUAUUCUUAUUUGCUGCUGCUGCAUAUGUAGGAAGCUUUCAGUUUAUGGCAUAUAUGGCAAAACCAAAUUAUGCAGACUCAGGACAACUUCUGGACAGUGGAGUUGACCUCAAUAUGGAAGGAGGUAUUGCAGAGCAUUUGAAAGAUCUCAUCAUAUUAACAUCUGGAUGCCAACUGUUAUCUCUUAUAUCAAAUUAUUUUUGGUUACUGUGGUUGUUGGCUCCAUUUCGUGGCUUCUGGUUGCUGUGGGUUGGUCUCCUUUCUCCAUGGUUCUUUCAUCAAGCUCCUGCAUCACAAGAAAUUGAUGAGAAAAAGCAGAAGAAGCUAGAGAGGCGGAUGAAGAGGCACUGAUUAUCGCAUGUCCAUGCUGUACAUUUCCAUUAACUUACUUUCACUUCUGUAUGUUCUUUCAUAUCAGUAGCACAUUUUCUUAUGAGUGGAGUGAUAUCAACAUGGGUGCUUUCCAGGUUGCAGUUACAUGUAAAAUUCAGUGUGGAACAGUGCAAAUCAAAAUAAACAAUUGCCACCAGAAACUUCCAAAACAUAGUACUUAUUUAUAAGCCAAAAUGUGACAUACAAAGGAUGAACAGGAAGGAACAAAGCAAUAAAAUGACUGAGGCACAAGGUUUAUACAGUUAUUUUGUAUUUGCACGGUGUUUAUGCUGUGUUUGCUCUGUUCUUGUUUGUUUUCAAAAGAUAUUCAGAUGGAGUAAAUAGACAUCCUAUUUAAAACCUAAUUAUUUUAUAUGUGUGUAAUUAUUGUAUGUUGCACCAUAUAGUGUUUGUAUAUUAUACAAUUCCAUAAUCUGAUUUCUUUAUGUAAAUUUAGUUAUUGAAAAAUUAAAAAAAAGUUUACUUAAAGAAAAUAUGUCAGUAUUCAACGUAUCUACAGAUAGCAUUAAUUUAUAAUUAACAGUGAACAGUGUUAGUGUAAUCACAGCUCAGUCCAUAAAUGAGUGGUUUUGAAUGAACUGAAAUACUUGCAUGGCAUGUAUUCCUAAUAUAUGAAUUAUAGUCAAAUUAAUUUUAAACAUUUAAGUUAAUUUUUGUCUUAUUUUCAAGCAAUUUGGUAAUAUUAUCAGUACUUCUAUGCCUUAGUCAUACCAAGUAUUCAAUCUUCUCUGCUUUGAUCUAAAAUUCUCAAGACUGUAGCUUCAUAAAGUCAUUAAUAUUUUUGAAUUAAAUAACAAUUAAUAAAGUUAAAUAAAUACUGUCGCAUAAAGAAAGUAAGAAACUGUACUGCCCAACUACACGAUGGAAUGACAUACCGAAGCAGAACAUAUUAGGGGAAAAAUCAUGCCUUGUAUCAAAUUCUGUAAUUUUAAAUAUGAACCUAUCAAAUUGAGUACUUAUAAGUUA